AUGUUACUUUCAUUUUUUGUUCUUUUGGAUAUCCUUUCUAUCUUGAAUAUCGGUGUGAUAUGUGCUCCAGAGGGUCAACCUAAGAGUAUUACUAGUCCUAGGAGGCCGCAUCUAGGAACGGCUGUUGAUAAUCAACUUUUGAAGACAAAUCCAGAAUACGCCAGGACUAUUCAAAAAUACUUCAAGGUCUUAACACCUGAAAACGCCAUGAAGUGGGACGCGACUGAGAAAACCCAAGGAAAAUUCACGUUUGAGGGGGCCGAUGAAAUCGUUCAGUUCGCCUUGCAGCAUCACAAAAUAGUCCGGGGACACACAGUGGUCUGGCAUAGACAAGUCCCUCAAUGGGUAAUGAACCUGGAUUCUGAAGCUUUGAUCAAAGCGACCCAAAAUCACAUCACUGCUCUCAUGAAACAUUUCGAAGGAAAAAUGUUUGCAUUAGACGUUUGUAACGAAAUUUUAGGAGAAGAUGGAACAUUUAGGGAUAGCUUUUGGUAUCAAAAAUUAAAAGAAACGUUUCCAGAAAUGGCUUUGAAGGCUGCUCGUCAAGCUAGUCCUGGCGUUAAGCUAUAUAUCAACGACUACUCCAUUGAGGGGAUCAAUAAGAAAUCAGAUGGGCUCUACAAUCUUGCCAAGGGGUUGAAAGCUAAGGGAUUGCUCGAUGGCGUUGGGUUUCAGACCCAUUUGAUUGUUGGCCAGGUACCCAAGGAUAUGAAGCAAAACCUCGAGAGAUUUGCUGCUUUAGGUUUAGAUGUUGCUAUAAGCGAGCUGGACAUCAGAAUGCCGGUCCCCGCAUCCAAAGAGAAUCUCGAGCAACAGGCAAAGGAUUAUCAAGAAGUAGUCCAAAACUGUCGUUCUGUGACCCGUUGCUACAGUGUGACUGUAUGGGGAGUUGCUCAAAGUGAAUCAUGGAUUCCUAAAGAAUUUCCAGGUAUGGGAUCAGGAUUGUUGUUCGACGAUAAUUUUAAGCCGACUACCGCAUUCCAAGGCGUCAGUUCAAUUAUCAAGUCUUCUGGAUAG